AUGCAGUUAUCUUCUCAUCCUAGUCUGAUUCAAGCUCAGCUCAGCUGCAUACCCAUUCAGGAGUUUGGACUCAUACAGGACACUGGAAAAAUAUUCAGAAAUGGAAAUAGAGUCAGCAGAUAUCUGACUGAGUUUCUCAGUCAUCACUCCAAGUCGAAUUUCUCAGCUCGACUCAACUCUUUAAUUCUUGCCAAAUGUUUUCGAGCUAAACUGUGGGAGAACUCGCCUUACGUCUCCAGACAGCUUGAGAGGAUAGGAAUAACACUUGCCACUGCUAUGGUGAAUGCAGGGCUUACAACAUUCAGCAAAAUUGAGCAGACCAGUCCUAGAGAAUUAGAGAUGAUUGUGAACCGACACCCUCCAUUUGGGAACCAGAUUAAGGAAGCUGUCAGCAAACUUCCGAAAUGUGAAGUUACUUUGGAACAG